AUGGGAACCCUAAAAGACGAAGAAAAUUAUAUUAAUUUAAUAAAAGUGUCUAAUAAUGUAGAGGAUAAAAAAAAUGAAGAAAUAGAAAAAAUAGAAGUAUGUAUGGAAAAAUAUAUUAACUUAAACAUAUUUGAAUAUUUUAAAAACUUAAAAGAAUUAUAUUUGGUUAAGAAUAAUAUUACGGAUAUAACUCCUUUGUUUAAUUGUAUUAAUUUGACAAUCUUAUUUUUACAAAUCAACAAAAUCAAAAGUAUAUUAGGAAUUGAAAAAUUGAGAUAUUUAGAAAAAUUGAACUUGUUUAAUAAUGAGUUAAAUGAACAGUUCAUAAAUAUAGAACAUAAUAAAUAUCUUGUACAUAUAGAUUUAAGUGAUAAUCAAAUAGAAAGCAUUGAUUUUUUUUAUAAUACGAAUAUAUUCUUAUAUAUUAAUUUAGCAAACAAUUCUAUAAGAAAUAUAGAGCCUUUAAAAAAUAAUUUCCAUUUGGAAUACCUUAAUAUAAGUGGAAACAAAAUUGAAAAAUUCGAAGAUAUUCAAGUGCUUCAUAAAUUAAAAAAAAUUAAAGAACUAUACUUGAAUUCAAUAUAUUAUAAAAAUAAUAUAUUAACAGACAAUUUAUUAUACAAACAUUACUUUUUAAAUAAUUUUCCAAAUUUACAAGUUUUGGAUCAUGAAAUAAUAACAGAUAAAGAAAGAAAACAUACUAUGAGUGAUAUUGAAACUCUAAAAUGUAUCAUAGAUUUUAAAAUAAAUUUUAUACGAGAGAAAUAUAAAAAAGAAAAGUAUUAUAUAUUAUUUAUUAAUAACAAGAAUAUAUCUUAUUUAAAUGAUGUUUUAAAACCAUAUCAUUUUUACUCAAAUUUUGUACAUGAGCAUAAAUUUGUGGAGAAUAAAGAAAAGGAAAAUAUAUCGAAUAUAAAAGAACAAAUAAAGUUUUAUCUGAGUGCCUAUACCGCUAGAUUUAAUUAUAUUAUAAAGAGAUUAAAAGAAGAAAGAAAUUUACAAAUAAGAUAUUUGACAACAUCCAUUAAUUCAUACUUUAACAUUUUUUUCAAAUCAAUAACAAAAGAACAAGACGAAUAUAAAUUUAUUGAGAACUUUAUAAAGUUAAAUUUCAAUGUCGAAUCCCUGAAAAAUUAUUAUAUUGAUGAUAUAAAGAUAGAAAAUAUAAUAAAAGUAAAAAAAUUGAAUCAUAAUGUUUUGGACACGUUAAUAGAAGAACAGACUAAUAGUCUAAUUUAUAAAAAGAAUAUUCUAUUUUUACAUCCUUAUAAUUAUUGUAAAUUGAAUGACAAUUUCGACUUUGAUGAGAAGGAAUAUACUGUAGAUGAAUGUGAAAAAAAAAAAUUCUUUGAAAAAAAUUAUAUUUGUUCUUGUUAUAAUAUAAACCAUAUAUUAAAGACAUUAAUAAAACUUUUCUUAGAAAAAGACCAACUACAUGAACUGGUUCAUUUAAUUUAUUACAAAAAUAAAUUAAAUGAUAACAUACUAAAUUAUAAAAAUGAUAUAAAUAUAAAAAAAAAAAUUUUAAGAAAUAAAAAAUUCGAUUUUCCUUUUUUCUCUAUAUAUAUUGUGGAAAAUUAUUUUUUCGAGAAAGAAUAUAAAGAAGUGACUGCUUACAGCACACAAGAAAAUAAAAAUGAUGAUAAUGAUAAUGAAAAUACAAAUGGUGAUAAUAAAAAUAAAAAUGAUGAUAAUGAAAACAAAAAUGAUGAUUAUGAAAACAAAAAUGAUGAUAAUAAAAAUAAAAAUGAUGAAAAUAAAAGUUUAAAUAAUGAAAUAAAGUUUAAAAUUUAUUAUACUCUUCCAAAACAUACCAAUUUAAAAUAUAUAGUUAACAUAAGUUUGUUAAAUAAAAAUAAAGAAAAAAAUAUCGAAAAAAAUAACGAAAAAAAUAACGAAAAAAAUAUCGAAAAAAAUAACGAAAAAAAUAAUGAAAGAAAUGAAUUAAAUAUAGUUCAUUCAUCUAUUAUAAAAACAGCUGCUGCAAAAAAAAUAAAAAGAGAUGAUUUUUUAAAAUAUAUAGGCAUAAAAAAUAAGACGAAUAAUAUAUUUUGCAAUGAAAAUUUAAUAGACGAUUUUUUUCAUUAUAUUUUAAACUUUGAACAUAUAAAUUUUUUUCAUAUAACAAAAUAUUUUAUUAAAUUAAGUAAAAUAAUAUGUGAAAUAAAAAAAAAUAUAUAUCUUCUUAUUGUGAAAAAUAACUUGAAUUGUUCAGAAAAAGAUACGCCUCUUAUUGAAAAUGGCGAAAUUCGUGUGUAUGAAGAUAUGGAGAUUUUAAAAAAAGAAAAAGAAAAAAUAAUAAAUAAUUUGAAGAAUAAAAAUAUAGAUAUUAGUUAUUAUAAUGAUCAUAGUAAUGAUAAAAAAAAUGAAGACACAAUUAUUUAUAUGAACAAUUUAUAUAUAAGCAAAAUCUAUGUACAUGUUUUAAAAAAUCAUUAUAACAAUUUAAAAGAAUUACAUUUAAGAAAUAACAAUAUAAAUAAUUUAAAAACAUUUUUUCAUUUUGAUUCAAAUGAUAUAGAAAGUUUGGAAGUAUUAGAUUUAUCUUUUAAUUGUAUAUCUGAUAUAACACCGUUGUAUAAAUAUUUUCCAAAUAUAAUUCAUAUAAAUUUAUCGUUUAAUUAUAUAUAUGAUUAUCAUCAAAUACAGUUAUUUAGUGUACAUCAUCAACAUAUUGAAUAUUUGUCUAUUUUAAAUAAUUCCUUAUAUAUUAAAAAAAUAUAUUAUGAAAAUAUUCAUUUGCUUUUUCCUCAAAUAAAAAUAUUUAAUGAUAUAACUAUAAUGAAUAAAACAAAUUUCGACAUAAAGAAUUAUUCCUUUAUUUGUGAAAAUAAGGAAAGGGUUUAUGACGAAUAUGGAAUGGACGAUGAUGAUGAAGACGGACAUAAUAAAAACUACAUUAAAAUGAAGAACAUUAAGGAUGAAAAAUAUUUAAAGGUUUAUAAAGAUAUAAAUAUAAAUAAUUAUGAAAUGCACAUACAAAUGAUAAACUUAUCAAACGUAUACAUGAAAUUAACCUAUUUAAAUUUUGAAAUAUUUAAAUAUUUGAAAAUUUUAGACUUAUCAAAUAAUGGUAUUGAAGAUUUAACAAACUUAAAACUUCCAAAAGAAUUAAAAGUUUUAAAUUUAAGAAAUAAUAAAAUAUUUUGUAUAGAUUUUUUACAUGAUAAACUUGAGAUUGAAAUGCUUUUAUUAGAUAAUAAUGAAUUAAAAAAUAUUAACAAAGUGAAUCUAUUAAAAAAUUUAAAAAUAUUAAGAUGUUCUCAUAAUAAAUUAUCUACUAUACCAUUAUUUCAAAAAUGUUCUUUAAAAGAAAUAGAUAUACAUAAUAAUUUCAUAAAAGAUAUUACUCAUAUUGUUUUAAUAAAAAAUAAACAAUCACUCAUAUGUAUAAAUAUAUAUAACAAUAAAAUAAAUUUCUUAAACUUAGAUUUAUAUCUUAUUCAUAUUUUUCCUAAUUUACUUAUAUUAAAUAAUUCUUCUGUCGAACGUAGACAAAACAGUGAAAAAUAUUUUAAAAACAUUUAUACUCUUGAUGUUUUUUUUGAUAUAUAUAAUAUGUAUCCACCAUAUACAUCUUUGCAAUCUCUUGAGAUUAAUAACCUGAAGAUAAAAAAUAUUCUUUUCGAUAUUAAUAAUGAUAAUUUUUAUAAUUUAAAAUUUUUAAAUAUAUCCAAUAAUUAUAUAAAUAAUAUUCAUAAUAUUGGUCCCUUGGACAACUUGAAGACCUUAAUAUUAAAUAACAAUAAACACAUAAAUGAAAAUUCCUUUAUGGGGGAACAUGAUCGAAAUGUAUUAAAUAGUUUUAAGAGUUUAGAAGAUCUGGAUAUUAGCUUUUGUCUCUUAUCAAAAACUAACUUUUUAAAAAAAUGUCCCAAUUUAAAAAAUCUGAAAACCUUGAAUCUAGAGGGAAAUAAUAUUAACUCAAUUAAAUACCUAGAGAAUUUAGAACACUUGAAAGUUUUGAAUUUAUCAAAUAACAAAAUUUCCAAAAUAUCUCCUGACUCUUUUCCUAAGAGUUUAGAGAAUUUAAAUAUAUCUAAUAAUUUAAUUAGAAACCUAAGCCCAUUUGAUAAUUUGAAAAAUGUAGAAACUCUAGAUCUUAGGGUUAAUAGGAUUGACAAUAUUGAUGAAUUUAAAUAUUUAAAGAACUUAGAGAAAUUAAAAACCUUAUAUUUAAAUGGAAACAGAAAAAUAAAGGAGCAUUUUAUAAUUAUUAAAAAUAUGCUUACGCAAAUAGAAAAUUUUGAUAAUAAAAUUAUGAAAGAACAAAAUAAUUUAACUUCAAAUUUGGAAGAAAAAAGAGAAGAAUUUAAGCUUCAUAAGGACAUCAGUAAAAAAAAUAUAUUAAUAACAAAUAAUAAUGAUAAUAAUAAUAAUUAUAAUGUCACCUAUAAUUAUAGCAAUAUUAAAUCUCCAGCUAAAAAUAAAACAAAAAUGACCAAACUUAAAGGACAUAUAAAGAAAGAACCUUACGAAGAUAGACUUAAAAAGGACAGUUUUACGAUCAUAGGAAAAAAAGUCAACAGUAGUGGGAACUAUUAA